AUUAUUUAUUAUUAUUAUUAUUUACACCAAAUACUAAAACCCUUUUACUUCUUUCUUCCCUCUCUCAGAGUAAAAACCCUAACCCCUUCUUUGCGUCCCCUCCUGGACCAAUCUGGAAAAUUGCCUUUCAGAAUCCACCGAUGGAUUCAUUUAUUGUCUGACAUACAUCGCCUUUUGAAAAUACGGAUAUGGGAACCCGGAGUUUUCUGUGGAGUACUGCUAAAAAAUGUUUCACAGUUGGGCUCAUAACACUUACUAUUUCCGAUCGUUAUGCCAGUAUUCUUCCUGUUCGGGGCCACUCCAUGUCUCCAACAUUCAAUCCCCAGACCGGCAGUUUUAUGGAUGACCGUGUUUUGGUGGAGAAAUUUUGCCUUGAAAAGUACAAAUUUUCACAUGGAGACGUGAUCAUUUUCUGUUCUCCGAGUAAUUGGCGGGAAAAACAGGUAAAGAGAAUAACUGCCUUGCCAGGUGAUUGGAUGAAAUCUCCUAGUUCACAUGAUGUGAUAAGGAUUCCUGAAGGACAUUGUUGGGUGGAAGGAGAUCAUUCAGCUUUCAGCUUGGAUUCAAGAUCCUUUGGCCCAAUCUUUAACCGAAAAAAACAUGACUUGGCAGAUUCCUCUAGGUUUGGUUCGCGGAAGGGUUACCCACGUCGUCUGGCCGCCUCAGAGAGCUGGUAAAGUUGAAAGAAGGAUUCCCCAAGAUAGACUUCACUUAUAAAUUGUAUUUCAAUGGCAGGUUCCUUUUUGUUCAGGCUGUGCAAAAAAUGGGAAAAAUUACAUAGGCUGUUGUUGGCAGUAUGGAAUUCAUGCAUUUGGAAUUCGAACCGGAAUUUAUAUUUCGUAAAACUGAAAAUUAGUUUCCUUCGUAUUCCAAUUCCAAGGCAGGUAUUCCAUGCUGCCAAACAUAUUCAUUGCGCGCAUUUGCUGAGGCUGUAUUUUUUGAUCAAGUCAACAUUUUGGCUCUCCAUAAUUUUCAGUUCACACAAGAGAUGCUGUUCCUUGUUAAAAAGAUUACAAUUUCUUCCACAUUUAAUAUUUGCCAUUGGUACUUGUAGAGCAUUUACAUUGA